UAAAAAUCGGCAUGUACGGAAUUCAAAUAAUUAAAACAAACGCCGCCGAGAUUUCAAUGCAAAUCUCCAAGGCUCCUGGCAACAAAAACAAUAACACCGCGACAAUUAAAAUAUAAGUAUUUAAUUAGUCUAUUAACGCCGCUAACUAGUUCACAUUUUACCACACGUAAAACAUGAUCGGUUUAAUUUUUUGCCUACAGAUAUUACUGUCGUUUUCAAAAUCGUAUGAUCCAGACGUCUGCAGUCACAAAGGCGAGAUGAUUUACCAUUUGCUCGGAUGUACACCAGUCAAAGAAAAACCGUCCGAUCCUUGCGCUUCAAGAUUUGUUUGUCCCACUGGAAAUAUGACAGAUCCGAGUGGCUGUUUGGCAUCCACGAUGGGGGUGGAACAAACAUCAAGUCGAGGUAACAACUCGUGCAACGGGGUUUGCCGCUGCAUGGAGGAAACACUUGUGACGUGCCCAAUUUUGAAGUGUCCCGAGUUCAACCGAGAAUACUGUCCCAGUGGCUGUUAUAACGGUUACGACAUUGACGGGUGCUGCUCAACUGGACAUAUUUGCCUAAGUCCAAGGAAAGAUACCCAUGUCUGCAGAGUUGAUGGAUACGCCUACAAAGAGGGGCAGAAGUUUUUCCCCUCGGACUCGUGCAAGGUGUGCGUUUGCCACAAGGACUUUAAAGGCAAAUACGUUGAACCAUUUUGUAAAUUUCUUUCUUGUGAAAUUCGUGAUCAAUUUUCGUAUCAACUAAGUAGGAAUUGCGCCCCGGUUUAUAAAAACGAGAGAGCUCUCUGUUGCCCGUACACUUGGCUGUGCCCAAACACGGUACCCACACUGCGUAUGAAAGACGAAGAUUAUGAAAUGUGUUUUUGGGAGUCAAGAAGCAAGCGGAGUCGUGUUCUGUUCAACUGUCGUACGAAAGAACGAACGUUUGCGCAUAAAAUGUGUCUGCCAAUUGCCACCUCUGUACACUUGCCGGGUAACGCACUCUGAGAGUAUUUACCAACGUUUAUGAAAGCACUGCAGGAUUAAUGACUAUGCACUUAUGUAUUGGUAUAUUCGGUUAAUUAAAGAGGUUUCU